AUGUUUAAAAUAUUUUGUUCAGUAAUCUUCAUCUGUAUUCUGGUUAUCCCUUACAGGCUGCAAACUGUGACCGGAAACCAAUCAAGUUUAAGGUUUCAACAAUCCAUGGGUCGGCAUAGAUCUUCAAAAAAUCUAGAAAAUACCGAGGAAGAUGAUGAAAGUUUGGUAGAUAAACAACUUGAUUUGGAACAAAAUGGCGGUGGAUUCGAACGAAGACGACGGGAUCUUGAACAAGAUAGUAUACGGGAAGAACUCAGCAGAAAUGUGACUGCAAUUCUAGAAGAUCUGUUAAAAAACUACGAUAAAACUGAACGCCCCUCUCAAAAUAACAGGCAGCCCACCCCUGUCAGGGUUAAUAUUUUGAUCCGAAGUAUGGGACCAAUUUCAGAAGCGGAAAUGUAUUAUUCAAUGGACUGCUACUUCCGCCAGUACUGGAGAGAUGAGAGGUUGGGAUUCAGAGGAUUAAAGCACAAUGCCAACCAACUUCAAAUUGAUCAGUUGAGUCUGAAUGUAAAGAUGCUGGAAAAGAUCUGGAAACCUGACACCUAUUUUCACAACGGGUUGGAUUCCUACCUACACACCAUUACCAGGCCCAAUAAGUUGCUUCGAAUUUCAGAGCAUGGAGAUAUUACGUACUCAAUGAGAUUAACUAUCAAAGCCAAGUGUCCAAUGUUACUGAGGAAUUUCCCCAUGGAUCAUCAGAGUUGUCCUUUAGUUCUUGGAUCAUUUGCCUAUACAGCAGAUGAAGUAGAAUACAAGUGGAAGAGUGGGGAUCCUGUUGGAUACGAAGGAGAACUUCAACUUUCUCAGUUUGACAUAACCAAGACAUUGUUCAGAAGUCUAAACUACACCAGAUCUGAAUCAAUUGGAACAUAUUCCGUACUGCAAGUAGUUUUCUUAUUACAGAGACAUACGGGAUACUUCCUUAUACAGGUGUAUGUACCGUGUACUCUAAUCGUUAUACUGAGCUGGGUUGGAUUCUGGUUAAAUAGAGAAGCUACCUCUGAUAGAGUUACUUUAGGAAUAACAGCUGUGUUGACCCUAUCAGCGAUUGCUCUGGACAGUAGAACUGAUCUUCCAAAGGUCCAUUAUGCUACUGCUCUGGACUGGUUUAUAAUCUGUAGUUUUGGCUACUGUAUGGCCACUCUAUUGGAAUUUGCUGGGGUUCACUACUUCACAAAGGUUGGAAGUGGAGAAGCUAUGUUUGCUGAUGAUGAUGAUGAAGUUGUAGUUGAAGAGGAACUAGUUGAUGACGAGGACUGGGAGGAUGGAGAGGACUGGGAUCAAGUUCCGCAUCAUUCACAAAGAUGGGCUUCUAACCCUGGCGGGACAUCAAGCUCCUCCAACUGUAUAACAACAUACAAUUCAUUGUACGGACUCAACGGUAGCACUAGUGAGAGUACUGCGAGUCUAGCAAACCAGUUCGGAAAUUAUAGAAAAACUGUCCAUUCAGGGAACUGUCAGAUGUCUGAAUAUAGAAAGCAGAAUGGAAGCAGGGGGCAUGAAAAUUCUGUCUGUAGGGAACACAGCAUUAUCGAAGAUGGUGGCUCUAGAGAAAGUAUAAAGUCCACUGUUAAAGCUGUUCAAACCCAGACAGAGAAAUCUAUUUCCUUACUCAGACAAUUUAUGUUCUGUCUUGCAGCUAAUAUAGAGUACAGAAGAGAAAGAGAAAAGUCCGCUGGAUCCAGGGCUGCAGGAACUAUUAAUUCUGUGUCAAAAAUAGAUAAUAUUGCCAGGAUACUAUUUCCGAUGACUUUCGUUCUAUAUAACGUGAUCUACUGGACUCACUAUUUCAAGGCCACAGAGCAGUUUAACUGGGGGGAUCACGCAGUCCGAGGAAACAUCAGAGAACCAUAAACUUACGCACUUUUAGUCAUAUUUUCACGCAUUUCAUAGAUUCGUAAAAAAUAGAAAAAGGGUAAAGUGAAAAUCAUAAAAUGUUAAAAAAGGUUUUGUAUUCAGACAUCUCUUUGUUAAAACAAUGCAAAAAAAAACAUUUUUAACGCGCAAUUUUGGUAUAAAGAUUCCUUGGCACAAAAAUUGGAAGUUUUAUGAUUUUAAAGAAUUAGAAAACACCAAACAAAUUUUAAAAAAUUGUGUCAUAUUUUUUUUCUUCGGAAUUCAGAUGAAAGAAUAAUGUGUUUGAUAAAAAUAAUUAAGGCUGAAUGCAAAGAAUUGCCGUGCGCGCGCUGAAACUGUAUUAUCAAAAUCAUAUUUUUUAACAUCAUCAAACAAAAUUUCUUAAAUGUCAUUUUUUGACUCCCACAGUUUUCCAAUUGUAUAUAUCACAGUUAAAUUUUAUUCAAACAACCUGAAAGUCUAAUCCUUUGAAGAUAUGCUUUUAAUCAUGACAAACAAUACUAUUUCAUAGGUAUCUUUAAAAAAUAAGGAUUUGAUUUUUUUUGUCAAAAUCCUUAAUAUCUACAGUGGUAACCAGUAAACUCUGGAAUGUUAAGACGACUUUUAGACUCAAGUUAUGACGUUAAAUAGUCCAAUGAGCAUGCGACAGCAAUAUUGCAGUGUAAGCAGAACCAUUGCACUUAAUAUUUGAGUUUAUAAAUGCCUUGCAAAACUUUUUAUUUAUAAAAUACUCUUAAGUCUUGCAAUGAAGUC